ACCUGUAUGACGGCCAAGUCAAGCGGGUUGCCUAUGUCGAUAAUUGCAGGGGAUCGGUGUUCCGUGAUUUAUUUGAGAGCUUUUUCCUGAUAAAUGACUACGCAAAAUUUUUCUGCGACGGCCAUGGUUCUGAUUGUCAUUUGAAAUUUUUAAUAAUGAAGCGGAAGUCCACACUGGCAUGGUUUUGCUUUGACAUAUAUAUAGAAAAAAGAAUCCUGUUCCACUGCUCUAUAAAUUUUUGCUGCAGUGGUCAGUCGUUGAGUUCUGCUCAACGGCUGAAUUCACCACUCAAAUGCACGUGAACGGAAUUAUCGUGAUAUUUACCAUAAUUUUAUCUUUUUCGACUCUGUCUCAUGGUCGAAACACAAAGAGCAAAAAUCAUGAUUCUAAAGCUUUUACAAAAAGGGUUACAUCAGUUACAACUAAAAAGAGAUGCUCCGACAAAGUAAAAUGCGGGGAAACUUCGCGAGCAACAAAUUCCAGCGUUAAAACGCACAAGAACAGGACGACUGGGAAAACAACCUGGGCUGUAAAAAGAUUUGACAGAGCUAAAUUAAAUGAAACUAAAAAUCAUCAACAUACUCUGGUUUUCAACACAUUCAAUAAACUUCAGCAAUCCAGCAAUGCGACAAGAUUACCAAAAUUUGGGAUGAAAAUUUCUUCCCCUGGAAGUUAUACGGCUGCUUUUUUCCGUAAAUUAACAAAUAAUAUGACUACAGCUGCAGCACAAAUGACCUCAAAGUCCCUCGUUCAAACUUAUACAUCAACUGUUACUAAUUCAAAAAAAUAUUCAGUCACAGAGAAAAUGGAUUUGUUUAAAAUGUCAGCAACGUUGCCUAAAAAAUCAGAAGUUCCUGCUAUUUACAUACCAAAAUCUACAAUUCCAACAAAAAUUACCAGCCCCGCAAUGGAAAUCAGCAGCGCUGAUGUUUUAAAUCUAGACGAAUUUAUUCGCUCAACCUCCAAUUCAAUUAAUACAGCCACACCAAGUACUGUCACUACUUUCCAAGAAAAAUUGAGCAUUGCAAUUACUACGAGGGUAACAAAUCCAGCACCAGUUAUGACGUCGUUGCGUUCAGCUCCAGCUGAAACUGUGACUGUUGAAAAAAUGACCAGUACAUCCACAGCUGGGACAACUCCUGCCCCAAUUUCGAGUACGAUUGUUACCAAAGCAGCGACCAGUAGUGCAACUCUUCAAAAACUAUCCACCACUACUACCAAAAAAAUAAUUACGUCCACCACAUUGAAAAUUCAAUUAACCGCGAUGGCCAAAGCUUUAACAACUAAACCAGCAGCCACAACUACCGCCGACCCGAGUUAUGCGGAUUAUGCGACAGAAAACUAUGUGUAUGACUCAAACUCGGAUUUGCCAUUAAUGGCAGAUGUACCUCCAUAUUGAAUAAGAUUAAUUACAAGACAGGCAACAGUUCCACCUGUUAAUUCAUUAAUUGCUUAAAACCUAAAUUAGGAUUUUUGCUAAAAAUAAAGGAAAAUUGAGAAAAUUGCACAUUUCAAUUAUAUAAAAGUUUUCCAUCUCAGAUGAUUUUAUUGAAUGAAAAAUUUUACCCUAAAAAAAUAUCCCCGUAUGCAAAUAGAACACAUUUAA